CUGUCGAAUUGUGUCGGUUAGUUUUUAUCAUUAUGCGACUUCAAUUAAGCUUUAUUUAUUUAACGUUAAAAUUCAUUUUCUACUUGUCUACCGAUGUUAAUGGACAACACGAUGACGAAGAAGAAUAUAAUCCUCAUAAAAGAUUAUAUGAAUGGGCUGUACAAAGACCAACUGGUACCGAAAUAACCGUCGCAAUAUCGGAUUCAAAUGUUUCUCGAGAUAUUCAAAUUGGAAAACUGCAACCGUUCUUUUAUGUCGGUCGGUAUCCAGAUGAAUUCAUUCAACUACUGAACACGUCUAAGACGUUGAGUCCCAAGCCAAUUAUAUUUACCAGCGCUGAAAUAACCACACUGACCUCGGAUCCCGACGACGAAUCGAAAAACAAAAGAAUUGUCACUCAAAUUAAAUUUUACCAGAAAUUACAAGAAAUACGGUGCACGAAUUAUGUACAUUUAUUGUUCAUAUUACCAGACGUCAAAGAUUCUUUGGAAGACAUUUCCCGGUACGUUUACAAUAUGAUAGACGUGUCGUACAAAGGGAAGUUUAUAGUGAACGCGUGGAUUUGGGAACUCCAUAUAAAACUAUUGGGACUGCAAUCGUCCAAGUUAGAAAAUGGAACAUUUCUAAACGACCACUUACCGGAAAUUAACGAAACCCUAAUGAAAUCGAUAAUGUCGUGCCGAGAAAAUAAAUACUUAAUGGACCACUUUGACCACACUUUAAAACACUACAUGAAUGAACCUCGUGAUCAUUUAUUGUUGCAAACGUUUUUAGAAAUCUAUGACCAAACAAUUUACCGUUCCGUCAAAGACAAGGAACUUUAUACAUUGCGUAUCGGUGAGGAAAACUUUUUGUUUCGUUCCAUGUGGGAUUUUGCCAGAGAACUGAUCGGCGACACCUCUGGCCUUGAUAUUCAUUGGUACUAUAUGUACGAUCUACUCGUAAAGCAUAUCGAAAACAUCAACGAUCAAUACGAGAAGAGAGUAUGGACAACACAACCAAGCAAGUACAUAGAAUAUCACGAACUAAUUUUGGACGCCAUAAAGGCACGAUUGUACAGUUACAUAUGGAUCCACCUGGUUGUUUACCAAAAACUUGGUUGCGGUGCUCAGAAAGAUCACGAUUGGUUUCUGAAGAAAUUAAACGAAAAUCUAGAUUUUAUUUACACCGAUCAACAACCCUUUAACGAAGUACUAAUUUUGUUGAGCAAAAUAUCCGAACGCGACGACGAGAAGAUAACUGAAGCUAUAAAAAUAUUGUCAAAGGAAGUAAACCGGAUUCUAAUAAGUCAUACUGAACCACAACAUAUGUAUCAAAAGGCCGAAAUUAAUAAUAGGUUUGUCGAACGAAUAUGUAUGGACGUAAAUUCCAAAUUUCUAGAACAAAAUACAAUCGAUUUGGAUCUGUUCGUUUGCGUUACUAAGAAGCGUUUGAACGGAUCAAAUCUAAGUGCUCUGUUGUUUUAUAUAAACGGCACUAAAACCACCGACUUUGUAUUAUCGAAUACUAUAUGACAAGUGUACUUGUAAUGUCUGUAAAAUAAAAAAAAUAUUAACCAUGUACCGCCGAAUGUAAUACUCUUAGAAUAUACAGAAAUUAAUGUAUACUUUUAAAUAAUAUGUUAUUUUGAUAUUAAACUUUUAUUUGAUUCAUAAUUAGUGUUGGGAAUUAUCUAGAUAAAUUAUCUGGAUAAAAAUGUUUUAACUAUGAUCUUACAUUGAUAAAAGAUACUAAAUCUUAUUGUCUCAUAGAUAAGUGAUACAUGGUUAUCACUGAGGUCAUUUAUCUAGAUAGAAAUCGAUAAUACAUUAUUACAUGAAGUGGUAAUUGUAAGAACCACAAUGUCCGCAUAGAAAUAAAUA